CUCAAGCCUCCACCACCAUCCCCCAUCCUCCGCAAAGCGAAUCGCCCUGGGAGACACGACGAAUUCGCACUCACUGCUUCUGCUAUCUAAAAAUACCGCCAUCCGCCCGGCUUAUGCGAGAGCUUCGACAAGGAUGGCUCGGGACGACCCUUCGAUACCGCCACCGGGAGACCGCUGCGUCUUUCUUAGCCUACCUGCGGAACUGCGGUACAUAGUAUAUGAAUACGCGCUCACGGAAGAGAGGGGCCUGAUAUGCGUCGCCUCCGCCGAUUCUGCGCUCCCACUAAAACUCUACUUCUCACAAGAAAAUGGGAGAGAUUGCCGUGCAGCUGAGGCAAAUCAAUUGAAAUCCGUGUGUCGCCAACUCUAUCGCGAGACGAGGGGUUUGGCCCCGGGAUUGAAUGAUCUCGCCUUCCGCUCCGGAGAUGCCAUGAGUGGGAUUGAGCUAUUCGAACACUUUGUUCAGAGUUGCCCUGAGGCAGCGAAGACGAUUAAAGAAGAUUCUCAUCUUCCAGGAGGCGGUUAUGAAGGGCUUCACGCAGGAUACUACUGAAGAUCUCAGUGGCAAAACCUCUCCUGUUCUCUAUCAAUUUUGCCUCCGCUAUCCCACCAUCCGGGUGAUUAUCCGGGGGAACCGUAAGCUGCCUCAACGGCUUUGGCUGGUCCUUCACGCUUCACUACGGCACGCCUUGCGAGGAGACCUGGUGUCAAGGCCUGGUGGAGUCUCGAACACGCGGGCU